AGCCACUUCGCGAAGGAAGCGACGCCCAAGCCACACUCCGGAGCAGCAGCACCGCCAGAGAACCUCAGCCACACACACGAUGCAAGGAAUGAUGCGGUUGUGGCUGUCCGCAAUGACGCUUGCCCUGUGCCUGCUGAUCUGCCUGGGGACUCUGGCAGAAGCAUAUCCAUCCAAACCGGACAGUCCUGGCGAGGAUGCCCCUGCAGAAGACAUGGCCAGAUACUACUCGGCACUGAGGCAUUACAUCAACCUCAUCACACGACAGAGGUAUGGAAAGCGAUCCAGCCCAGAGACGAUGCUCUCCGACCUCUUGUUGAGAGAAAGCACAGAAAAUAUUCCUAGAUCUAGGUACGAAGAUCCUUCCAUGUGGUGAUGGGAAUGAACCAUCUUCAGUAUUUUUCCUAGUUUUCACUUCAUGUCCCAUUGCUAAGAAGACCAGCUGGGAGUAUCACACCCACCGAAUGCAUGCAGCCAUCGUACUGAAUUCUGUAGAGUUCUCCCUUCCUUCUCCUUGUACAUACAUUUGUUUAAAUAAAUUACUUGUGCACU